GCGGUCACCCAGUGGAGAAAACUCUUUAAUCGCUUAACCAAAUUGGCUGAUGCUGAUGCUGAUGCUGAUGCGGAUGCUACAUUGAAUCUCGGUUUCCACGAGGCAACCCAAAUAUUGAAACUUUACCUUUGCCUCCUUUUCCCCUCUCGCUGUCUGUCUCUCUCUCUCUCUUUCUCCGUCUCUCUGUCUCUGUCUCUCUCUCUGUGACGCUCGAGAAGGACUAUUAUUUAGCUGAGAGCUCGGAGGAAGGGGGGACUCUUGCAGUGUAGGACGAAUCUGAGCUCGACCCUCGAUUUAGCUCCUCUCCGUUUCGGGGUAGUCACAAUGGCCGAGGCAAUGGUUUUCUUCGGGAAGGAUACAUUUAUCAUAAAGCCCCCCAAGAAAUCUUCUCCUUUAUUGUAUAGGACGAUAGUAUUGUUGUUCGCGGUGAUGUGUGGACUCUAUAUCUGCUCAAUUUGCAUCAGGCAGAUAGGCAAUCAGUCUAAGACUAGAUUUCAGAACAUCCAGAUUGUUAAGGAGCCCUGUUGCACUGGCAAUAUGGAAAAAUUCGAAAACCCUUCGAUGCAUUACCCGAGACCUCAAACUUUUAGCAGGCUUGAGUGUUCACAUAAUCCAGUGCGAUUCUUCACGAUCAUAUCGAUGCAGAGAUCAGGGAGUGGAUGGUUUGAGACUCUUUUGAAUAGUCAUGUCAAUGUUAGCUCGAACGGGGAGAUAUUCUCUGUUUGGAAUAGGAGGAAAAAUAUUUCUUCUAUCAUACAAACGCUGGAUAGAGUCUACAACUUAGACUGGUUCAACAGCGCUUCCAAGAACGAGUGUUCUGCUGCAGUUGGCUUCAAAUGGAUGCUUAAUCAGGGAUUAAUGGAACACCACAAAGAAAUUCUAGAGUAUUUGAACCGUAGGGGUGUCUCUGUAGUGUUUCUCUUCAGAAGAAAUCUUCUACGUCACAUGGUUUCGGUGCUUGCUAAUUCCUAUGAUCGGUCGGCCAAGCAACUCAAUGGUACCCACAAGUCUCAUGUGCAUUCACCAGAAGAGGCUGAUACACUUUCAAGUUACAAGCCGACAAUUAAUUCCACAUCAUUGAUAGAUGAUCUGAAGGAAGUGGAGGCGACAGUUGCUAAGGCUUUAGCAUUUUAUAACACCACGAGACACAUCGUUCUGUAUUAUGAGGAUCUCAUAAAAGACCGAACUAAACUAAAAGAUGUUCAAGAAUUCCUUAAUCUGCCGGUAAUGAAACUUACGAGCCGUCAGGUUAAGAUACACAGAGGGCCAGUGUCUGACUUGAUUAGUAACUGGGACAAAGUCAACUGGGCACUCAGCGGAACUGUUUACGAGAGCUUCAUCCAUGAUGACUACUGAAUCCAGGAAACUUAUAACUUAUACGAUAGUGUGCUCUGUAUAUAUACGCAGUCAAGCUCUCUCAAAUAGUUGUUACUGCAGAAGCUAACCAACACCGAUGGUGAUGUCCCGAAAUUUGAGCGGCUGCAACGGUACAGCGCAACAACCAAAUUUCGACUCCUUUGAUACUCUCCUCAGGCCGACCUUGCGUGCAGUUCUGCUGAAAUUUUGGAUGAGACUGGUACGACUCUCGUUUUCUUUUCUUUUCUUGUCAAAUCAACACCUUGUUGAUCCUAGCAAGAAGAACCAACACCUUGCCGAUCCUUCCAGUUCCUUUGUAAUAGAAGCCGUGUACAUGUACCGAAACAAAAUUGAGAAGAGGUUGUAAUGAGGCUGAGAGUGAUAAUGAAGUUCAGAGUUAAACACCAAUAGUGGUUUGAUUUUA